AGGUUUUUUAAAAUUUUGAGUGAUUUUCUUCAAAUUUUAUUAAUGUUUGUGUUGGUAAAAUAUUUGAAUAUUUGUGCCUGACGCAUGCAGUGCAGGAUUUUCAGCUCCAAGACUGUGACAUUAGUGUUACGAGGAAUUUUUAUGUGCUGCUUAAAACUCAUGAAAAUAUUGGCUUUUAGUGCAGCUUUGGCUAUGCUAUGGAUUGUAUCUAAAGAGCCUCCAUCUCCAACACUGGAUGUUCCAACUGUAGAAGAUUUGCUGCUUGGGGAAGGCUACACAGGAGCUACGGACAAGAUAAAGUGGCUGAAGACGAAUCUUGCAAUCUCCAAAGAGAAAAUAGAGCAGGUUGCACAGAUGACCGCAGGACAGAGGAAUAACCACCUCUGGGCAUUGGUUAGAAAAAACCGUUUGACUGCAUCCAACUUUGGAAAAGUGCUAGCUGCCAUCAGACGAAACAGGUUCCCACCCUCAUUGUUUAAACAAAUUCUUGCCUCGUAUGACCUAUCUACAAAAGAUGCUAUUGUAUGGGGAGUUAGCAAUGAGUCAGUUGCCAAAGCAAAGUAUUGCUCUUAUGGAGAUGCAGUUGUUGAAGACACAGGUGUAUGGUUGCAUGAGAAUGGUGUUUUAGGCGCAAGUCCUGAUGGCCUCAUUCGGCGGGCAGCAACCCACAACUAUAACCACCAAGCAGCAGAGAUGACUGAUGUGCUAGAGGCAAUGCAAGUGAGGCCUGAAAUUUUGGAAGUGAAGUGCCCCUUCACUGCUAGAAAUAUGACAAUCCCUGAAGCCAUUAACUUAAUCAAAGAGUUUUGUUUAGAGUACCAGGUUCAUGAUGGCAGACAGGUGUACAAGCUUAAAGAAAAUCAUAUCUACUACGACCAAGUACAGGGGCAGCUAUACAUCCUAAACAAAUCAGCCUGUGAUUUUGUUGUGUGGACAACUCGAGACAUUGCCAUUGUUAGGGUUCUCCAGGACGGCUUGUGGGGCCAGAACAUUGAGAAACUUACCAACUUCUAUUUUGCUCAUUUGAUCUCUGUUAUUCAAAAAUGACUGUCACAAUA